AUGCAAUGGGAGCGGCGGCCCUCAAAACGCAGGACAGCCACAUCUAGAGGCAAGAUCUGCAGCGCUGCAGCCUUGACGUCGUGGAGGUUGCUUACUAGCGUGGAUGUGGUUUCAGCCCAGGAUGUCGGACACAUUUGGCUGUCCCUGGUAGAUGGCGCUCAAUGCGAUGUCGCUAUCUCCUGGAGCAUCCCUGAUGGCAACCGGAGCGAGCUCAACCGUCUGAGCCAGGUGAGCUAUGCGCGCAGCAGCGCCGACUUGGCAAAAGGCUCGUCGCUCAAUAUGACCGGGAGCGUUUCCGACCCGUGGCAUGGACGACGAUGGGUGCAAGCGGUGUUGCGCGGCCUCGAGCAGGAUCUGGCUUAUCGGAUCGGGACCCCUGGUGGCUUUGGGCCCGUCGAGACCCGAUUGCCGUCCUGCCACUGGACAGGUCAGUCCCCAGUGCCCUCAACUGAGCCUGCCACUGCCAGUGCUGCAGGCCCUUUGCGGUUGGCGGUGCUCGGAGAUCUUGGCUUCAGAGACGGUGGCGCCACUGACCAGAUCCUCGCAAGGAUUCAAAACUCGACACCGGAUGCUGUGAUUCAGCUGGGUGAUUUGACCUGGGAUCUUUCCCAGCAGGGGAGCACGACUGCCAGCGAUUUCUGGAGCAAGCUCCAGCCGCUUUCGGCGAUGCGGCCUUUCAUGCCUCUGCCAGGAGUUGGCACCUCAGGUGCCUUCUUCGGUUCGAGGUCUGCAGCUUUGUGGUGUAAAUCUAUCAUCGUCUGGUUUGCUCUGUGCGGUACUGCGAGAUGCAGCCAAUGCCAAGGACAGGGAUCGUCCCGAAGUCUAUCAGCGACCCGGCGGCAUGCUCGACACUUCAACUGA